GAUCUGAGGUGCCCGUGAAAGCUGCACAGGAUAAAUCAUCGUUUGGGAAGAUCCCUUAGCAGGGUUUACAAGUAAUAGGGCCUGGCCUUGACCAGCUUGAACAGAUUUUCGUGGCCCCCAAUGCCGGUAUCAUAAGUGGCGGGGGUUAAGCUGUUCCUUCCCCUUCCUCCUCCUCUUCCUCUUCGACUUCUUACCUCUUCUAUCACACCCCACCAUCACCAUCGCCGCCACCACCACCCUCUCUACUCGUACCUCGUCUUUCCCCUUCAAUAAAUCACCCUCUCUUGCACCACCUUUGGCAAUUUUACUUCUUAAUUUCUUUCUUAAUUUCUUGAGAGGAAAAGAACCUCCUCCUCCUCAUCUACUGCUACUCCACUCCUCAUCGUCAUCAUCCCACUGGCCUCGUACCACUCCCGCCUGCACUCUUUUGCACCUUUCCCUUUUUUCUUUCUUACUUUGGCACUGAAGGUUGGUUGUUUACUGGAGAUUGUUGACAUCAUUCUCGGGGAACGAGAGGAAUUCCUCUUGAGGCCUAUCUCCCUUUGGGGCCUAUCACUGUCGCUGCUGGUGUUUGUCUGUUAUUUGUUGAUUGUUUCUAUCUAUCUAUCUAUUCUAUUCAUUGCUGCCGCUGGUGCCACUGUUCUGCUACAGCUGGCAACAUCCCACGCUGCCCUCCUUGGCUGCCUUUGGAUUCAAUAGGAUUCCUACUAUUCCCCUACCGUUUAGUCUCCACCGGUUGCGAAGGCAGAGAAAGAGGGAGAGGGAGAGGCAGGAGAAGGAUAGAAACGGGAAGGAGGGAAGUGGAGUGGAUAGAGAGAGGAAUUGGGAUUCGAAAGGCAGUAUUGUCUCGCGGGUAUCGGUACAGUAGUUUUGCACGGCCAGCAAGCUGUCUCCACCAGCCAACCCCAUUCUGGCUCGGACAGCUCAAAAUUCUCGGCGGUUUUCAACAGAUAGGAAAUUUCCAGAAAUAUUUCGGAACGCCCGUCGCCGCCUAAUUUAUCCCCAGUAAACAUCCCCCCGGGCUACUUUUACCUAAUCCGCCCGAGCUACCUCUAUAAUCACCUUCUUUGACGUCGUUACGACCGUCUGACAGCCCUCCUCCUCCCCCCGCUCCCCUCACGUCGACAAUUGUAGCCUUAUCCUCAGAGAUAACGACAACUCCCGGCGGCCAGGUAUCCGGAUUGAGAGUUCAAAAAGUGCUCCGAGUCCGCUUUGACGGCUUGAACCCACGCCAAUAUUUUCGCAGGGGAGAAUACUUUAUCGCGAGAAAAAAAAGAGAGGAAACAGAUUUCCUUCUAAAAAAUAUCAAUAUGAGUGCUGCAACCGCACCCCAACAGCAGUCCUCGUUGAAUACGCCGGGGUUCUUCGCAUCGGCAUUCAUGGAGAUGAACAUAUUCGAGCAAUGCUUUAGCGCAGCUGCCCCGUCCGACCCAAAGGACAACGCACCUACGGCACCCUCUUCGGGUUCUAUAAAUACAACAUCCUCCUCAUCAUCAACGGCCGCUUCCACGCAAGGUGUCCACGCCUCCAGGGGUUUGAAUACCAUCACACCUAUAUCCGCACCCCACGCCCCUCCUCUAUCCCCAAAGUCGACCACCAUGGACAGCUACGAUCCCGGUGACUUUGCUCUGCCAACCAUUUUUGGCGGGGUAGAUCCUGUGGGGCCCUCUCGCGAGGAUAUGGAGAGAAGAUAUGGGCAAAAUCGAUGGCCCGUGCAUCUAGACACCGCAGUUGUCCCCCCUAGCGCAAUACAGCCACACCUCUCCCCUCCCUACUCCCCACGAUCCGGAUCCCCGACUGAUAGGUUCAUGCCUCCGGUGGAAAUGGACGACACCAUGUCACCGCUGCACAACAUGCUGGUAAACUAUCCCACAGAGACACGAUCUGCACACGGACAGAUCACACCCCCAGAAGACCCAACACCGUUAACACCAAGCCAGCAAGGCGAGAGUAUGUUCGACGACGACGGCGACUGCUUUAACGACGAGUACACGACCAUCGCUGACACGAACCAUUCCUCCUCCGGGAGUGGCCAGACAUUAGCAGAAGCAGACAGCAACACCAGCAGCCGCGGAAGCGCAGGAGCAGUAGGACGGCCACGGACCCGCACGAGCAACCGCGGCAGCACGAAUCGGAGAACUAAAAGAACCAGCGUAGAGGAUGACUCCGCGAAAGAAGCCAAGCGCCAGAAAUUCCUCGAGCGGAACCGAAUAGCCGCGAGCAAAUGUCGACGUAAGAAGAAGCAGUGGACGCAAAAUCUCGAGGACACGGCUCGAGAGGUGCAGGCGGCAUCGAAGAACCUGAACAAGCAGGUGUCGGUGCUGCGCGACGAGCUGCUGCACUUGAAGGGGGAGCUACUAAAACAUAACGGCUGCUCGUGCGAGCGCAUCAAGCAGUACCUGAUGAACGAGGCCACCCGGGUUGUCGAGGGCUCCUCCGCUUCCGCUAGCGCUAGCAACGCAGCGGCGGCAGCGGCGGCAGCAGCAACGGCAAACUUGAGCUCCAGCAAUAACACCCUCCACCAGACCUCCCAACCCCGACAAAUGAGCCAGGGAUCCGAUCUGGGCUUCUCCGCACAAUUCGAUGACUUGUCCGAUACCAGUAGCGCUAGGUUCGCUAUGGGCUCACGAUCGCCGGAAGAUACAGGUGUCGGCAUGUCGAUGUGACGAUAAAUCAAUGAUCGAUUUUGAAGGUUUUUCUUUUCUUUUUUCUGAUAAUGAUGAUUCACCAACCAGUUUUAUCCCUCCCUCCCUGGUUACGUGUCAUCUUACUGUAGUACUAUACUCGGCGUUACUUGGUGUUUUCCCUUGCUCUAAUUACUCACCUGUACUUUUUUCCCAGCAUAACAUUGCCCUUUUCCUUAUUUUUCGUUUGCCUUUCCUUUGAUGACACUGUACCGCCCCCCGCCCUCCACCCCCCCUCCCCCUCUCAUCAUAUAUAUUUCUUGUACAAUCUCGGCCGUGGGGGCGAGGAGGGGCGAUUUGUUACAAAAAGAGAAUUUUUCCAUUCUUUCCCCCCUCAAAAGUUUAUCUUUUUUACCCAAGUGUUUACUUCUGUGUACAAUGUUUUUUUCCCCUCUUUCUCUUAUUGGUUUCUUGGGUCGGGUUCAUUGGCCUCUUUUCCCACGAUCGCAGACACAGUGGGAAUUACCGUGAUGAUGCACGCAACGAAAGCAACAAACGGAACGGAAAAAAUGUGUCAUUGAACGAAGGAGGGAAGGAAGAGGGGGGGUUAUGAGGCAAAAACUGGCUUUUUAUUUUAUUUUAUUACCUUUGUUCUCCAUUCCUGGUGUGGUGCAUUGGGCGGUUGGCUUUUAAUUUUCACCGUUUUCACCUUCCCCACUGGAAGACCUUAUAAAGUCCUCUCGUCCACCGAUAGCGCUAAAGUUUUGGAAAUGGAGCGAGAAACUUGGGGGGUGAGAGCUGAUGAGCGUCAGGAAAAGUAAUGUUUUAUCGUGGCGGA